AUGGACGAUCUUCAAGAAAUAAUCGCAGAGCUUUCAAGCAAUACUGUAAAAGCUGAUACUUUGCUAGAAGAAAUAGUUUCCCAAGCCUGAAGAAAGAUUUACUCUGCUUAUCUUUUUUGACCAUUUUGCCUUUAUCCUCACCUUUGCCAGAAUUCAGCUUGAAUCUUAUCUCCAAGAAACCUUCUUGAGGAAGAGCAUUUAGCCUUAUUUGAAGAACUUUUCAAUAGCAUGCCUUAA